AGCCACUCUUAUCAUUAAACUUCUCUGGUUUUGCCAUAUUUGGUCUACUGGACCCUGCGUCCUCUGCGCCACGCGUUUUCCCGCGGAUUUCAUUACGAUUGUGUGAUAUUAGCGAUGUGUAGUUGCAGUUUCGUUCAAUUAUUGUGUUCAAAGAAAUAAAAGAUAUGGAUAUUUCGUUGGAGGACGAUGAUUGUGCAGUAGAAGCAGUUACGCCUGCAAAGAAAAAAAAAAUGAAACAAGCACAAUUGCCAUUUCAAAUAUCAAGUGCCUCUAAAUCACCAAAUAGUACAAACACUAUGUCUAAUAAAAAGAAGAGAAAAAUAAUAUCACCAUCGGUAGAAUCUAAGAAUUCUAAACUGAUAAAACUUACAGUAAAGGAAAAUUCUGUCCCAAAUAUUUGUGAAAGAGAAAAUAUAGGAGAAGAAAAACUUAAUAGUAGUGAUGAGAUUGAAAUACUAACACUAGACGAAGAGAAGAAAAACUUGGAGCAAAGUGAUCAGCAAGAUGGAAAAAAAAUGAAAAGUGACACUACAUCUAAAAGGACUUUACUAGGAAAAAAUAAGAAAUUAGAUAGAUCUCAACAAAAAUCUGGUGCUUUAACUAAGUUUCUUAAAAAGAUAGACAAGGAGACUGAAAGUGACUGUUUACAUGAAUUGAAAGAUAAACAAAAUCAAAAUACCUUUGCAUCCGAAGAAGAAAACGAAAUCUGUUUGAAUGAAAGCUUAGGCACACAGACAACUGAAUCUACAUUACAAAAUUUAUCUCAAGAAAACAAACAAUUAAAGGAUACUAAAAUUGUCAGUAAAGACUCAGAUCAUUCUUUCUGCCAGAAAUCAGACUGUGAUAUUACUAUUUUAUCUUCGGAUAAUGAAGAUUUAAGUGAAUUGGACAAAUCAACAUUGAAUGAAGGAGAAAAUGAAGAAAUAAUCAACAAACCUGCAACUCCUGUUACUCCAAAAACCGACAAAAUUGCAAAGAAAAUUAAGUUAACACCAAAACAACUAGAAAAAAGGCAAGAAAUUGCAAGAAAAAGAGAAGAGAAAUUAAGAUUAAAAAAGGAAAAAGACAAGAAACGGGAGGAAGAGAAAGAACAAAAGAAAAAAGAAAGAGAAUUAAAAGAGCUUAAGAAACAAAUGGAAAUUGAACAAAAACAAAAAGAAAAGGAAGCAAAAGAAGAAGAACGGAGGAAACGAGAAGAAGCAAAGGAAGAAGAAAAAAGAAAGAAAGAAGAAGAAAAGUUAGAAGCUCAACGCAAAAAGCAAAAGGCAGCUUCAAAUUUUGCCAGUUUUUUUGUUCCUAAAAAACAAGAAGUUAAAUCAGAGGAAGAGAGUGUUAUUCAAGUAAAAAAUUUUAUGCCUUUCGAAAUAAAGGCUGAUAUGAGAAUCGCGCCGAUUUGUCGAAGAAUGUUGACUAAGGAAGAAAAAUCAUUAUUAGAUAGAAAGCGCAAUUUAGACGUGCAAAAGUCUGAACUCUAUCUCGAAGAUAUUAAAAAAGGAAGAAUUACACCUCAUACUUCUUCUAAAACAUGGCCGCUCGAAACAAAGGAUGAUGAUAUCGUUUUAUUAGAUGAAGACGAUGGCAGCUCCAACAUAAUAAGUGAUACGCGUAACUUGGAAAAACAUCGGCCGAAAUUGUUGCAGUUUAGCGAAAAUCGCCGUCCUCCAUAUUGGGGCACAUGGCGGAAACGAAGUAACAUUCUAAAUCCUCGGCGGCCGUUUGCAAAAGAGAAGAACUUGUUUGAUUACGAAAUCGAUUCCGAUGACGAAUGGGAAGAAGAAGAGCCUGGCGAAUCUCUCAAAGGAUCUGACGAUGAGAAGGACGAAGAAAAUCCAGAAGAUAACGAAUAUGACGUCGACAAUGAGUUUAUGGUGCCCCACGGAUAUUUGUCUGAAGAAGAAGCGCAAGCUGAUGAGGAAGAAGUGGAAGAUAUGACGCCGCAAACACAGAAGAUGAAAUUAAAGAUAUUGGGGGAACAAUUUGAAGCCGAAAGAAAUACAAAGACGUACAAACUUAAGCCGAAAAUAAUCGGAUGCAUCUGGCAAGGGUCCGACAAUUCAUUCCCGGAAUCUGUUUCCACGAAAGUCAAAGAGUUUUUAACAGCACGGCAAGCUUGGAUUAGCAAUACACCGAUAGUAGUAUUGCCAUCGAUAUCAUCUGAGGAGGACAUAUUAGCUGGACCGGAGUGCAAAACGCCGACUCAGCAAUCUGUGAGAGGUCCAAAGAAAACCAAGUUUCCCGACGAAGCUUUGCCCGAUCUAAUCCGAUUGCUGCACGGAAACACACACGGCAGACGCUUUCUUAUGAAAGAAUUCAUAACAUUUUGGAGUAAAAAUGGCGGAAGUCAGCUCUCGAAAGUUAGCGUGUUAUCAAAAAUCAAUGAAGUUGCUAAUAGGAUAGCGUGUCCUGAAGAAGGACCGAUGCAUCUUAAAUCCUGUUGGUACAUCUCUGAAGACAUUCGGAAGCAGUAUCUUCCCGAUGAGAGGUUGUCAUUGCCGAAUAGUUGGACAUAUAUCUUGACGCCGAGUCGAAAGAGUGACACGCAAGAUAUUUCAAUCGACAAAGCUGAAAAAGAGGAGAAAGAGAAGGAGCAAGAAAAGAAACACAUACCACUCAUUACUCAAUUUACUAAAAAAAUCACGCAAGAAGAAAUGAAAAAACAAUUGACGAAAUCUGUACAGGAGGAGACGAAAAAACAAUUAACAGCGAAACCUGACCAGAUUUCUGUCCCGUCGAAAUUACCUCCCCUAGACUCCCAAAGACCACCUAAACGAGCGACUCUUCUCUCUGUCGGCAGAGGGGAACAAUUUCCAGAAAAAUCUCGAGAGAAUAUGUUAGCUAAAUUCAUCGGUCUCAAUAAAAGGAAAGAGGAGGAAGCGUCGAGUAGCGAAAAAAUGAUUGCCGAUUCAGAUGAUGUUUUAUUUGUAGAAAGUAUUGAUAUGAAAAAGGUGGAUCAAAAGAAUGAUAAAUCCUAAAAUCAGGAAGAGACUUGAAGCGCACAUAUUAAUCGUGAUCAUCAUCGCUGAUUGACAUAUAGAAAAUGGACAGUCGAUUCAGAAAAUAAAGUGUAAAUAAUAAAGAUGAUAAAUAAUUAGAAAAAUAGUCACAAAUAAAAAUAUUUAGUAUGUCAAGUAUGAGCGAUGAAUUUUCUCGGUUAAAAGUAGUGUGAAAAAAAUAGAAGAG